AUGGUUGGAGCGCUAACCCAUGCCGGGCAGGCAAUCUGCCGAGGUGUGUGUCCUCGAGGUGCAUUGAUGGGCAUUUGUGUCUUCUCGUGUUCAUCAGAUCGUGUCUAUUCGCCAGAUUGGAGGGAAGCUGAGUGGAUUUUGGUGACUCGGAACACCUUUGUUCUCGAAUCCAGGAGCUGUCUAGUCAGAAAACACCGUGAAGACAGGAUGGUCAACUCCGAGACUCGGACUUGA